AUGAAUUUUAUCAAAAUUUUAUCUUGGAACAUUAGAGGUAUAAACAAUAAGGUGGCUCAGGGAAAUCUUAGGGAUAUAGCGGGCACUAAUAGAGUGACUAUUGUUUGUAUUCAGGAAACAAAGAGUGAGAAUGAAUCUUCGGACCUAGGGCUUUUUCAGAUUCAGAAAGACAAGUAUAAGGCGCACUUUCAACCUUCUAGAGGAAAAUCAGGUGGUUUGGCUACCUUCUGGGAUGUAGAUAAGGUGGAGUGUAUAGCUUUGGCUCAGUCUUCAAACUGGAUUUGGAGUAACUUCAAGAUCAGGAGUGAUAACAGCAAACUGCACGUUGUCAACAUUUACAGUCCAUUAAAGUUAGAGGGCAAGCAAGGACUAUGGGCAGAUAUAGAGAGGAUAUUAGAAUGUUUAUCCACGGCUGAAGAAUCGGAGCCAGUAUGUUUUGUAGGGGACUUUAACUGCAUUAGAGAUGUAAAUGAAAGGAAAAAUUGUGUAUAUGCUAGGCGGGAUAUGGCAGGUUUCAACAAGUUAAUAGACGAUUGCAAUUUGCUGGAAAUUGGAAUGCACAACGCAAAGUUUACUUGGUUCGGUAGUGAUGGGAGAAGAAGCAAAUUGGAUAGAGUCCUGGUAAAUUCUUCAUGGUGCAGCCUGGGGAGCUGGUCAGUUUUGGCUCUUUGCAAAAAACACUCAGAUCACAAACCAUUACUGUUAACCUGCGGUGAUGAGCCAAAAAAAUCUAAACCUUUCAAAAUUUUUAACUGCUUCCUCUCAGAUAGAUUGCUGGAAGAGAUUAAAAACAAGUUGAUUAGGGGCAAUCAUUGGCAGCUGGAUAGCAUCCAAAAGGUAUUGCAAGGGGUAAAAGGUAUUGUUAAAGAGGUAUCUAGGGUCAGCCAGAAUGAUUUUUCAAUGAACAUAAAAUCUCUAGAGGAAAGGAUGAAUGAGCUGGAAAAAGAAGAAUGGGGGGCAGCAGAACUUUCAGAAGUAAGAAAAAAGUUGUUACAAUGGUAUCAGAUGAGGGAAUCCAUGUUAAGACAGAAAGCUCGAAUGAAUUGGAUUAGCUUAGGUGAUGGAAAUACGAAGUUUUUUCACCAGGCUAUUCAGCGGAGGAAGCACAACAAUAACAUUCUCAAGAUAAAGUGGAACAACACUUGGUUAGAUUCACCUGAACAGAUUAGAGAGGCUUUUUUAACCACUUUUCCGAUUUCUUCAAAGGUGGGAGGGACAGACUAUUAUCAUUGGGAUCGCUAG